GAUAGGGAGCCACCGUCAGGAAUGGAUCAACAAGCCUUUGCAAGGCUAUUAACAUUUGAGAAGGCUCCUGGACUUAUUGUACCAGUAACACCAAGCAUAGAUUUACCAGAAUCUCCACAUUAUUGGAUCGAUCAUGUUAAGAAUACUAUCGCGUUUUUUAUGAAUGCUGAUGAUGAUAAUAAGCGAUGUGCGUUAAAUAGCUUAAGAGAAGAUGUCGGAAAUAAAUAUGAAGAAGCCUAA